AUGGAUUCCAGUGAUGUAACAGUUCAAGAACUCAGUUUGGUCUGAAGACUGGCAAAUUACCGGGUCAGCGGUGAGUGGGGAGGAGGGUGGUUGAAGGCAGCGGAAUGUCUCCAUCAUAGGCCCCGUUGCUCGUUUGGGUACCGAAUGCCGAACAGAAGGAGUCAUGGACUGAUCCUAGGGCUGGAGGCUCGGAAGCAUGGCUUCGGUGCAAUCCUUCAGUCAUAUUUUAUUUUUCCCUCCUAUAUACUGUGAGCGACAACCUACACAAUGGCGGCUGUACGGCGUUUGCAGCAGACUAUCUCCCAUGUUCAACCAGCACAGCCAAAGGAACAACUUUCGAUUGUUUAUGGUCCUACACAACCAGCGCUUCUAGAUAUUACGCUCGGAGAGCUUCUAACCCUCCAAAGUAUCCGAUAUGGUGACUACGAGUGCUUGGUGUUCCCCUGGACAGGUGCUCGAUGGACUUACGCGGAUUUGAGUGACGAGGCGGACAGGGUGGCCCGCGGUCUGCUGGCGAUGGGAAUUCAGAAAGGCGAUCGGAUAGGCAUUAUGGCCGGUAACUGCGAACAAUAUAUUUCGGUCUUCUUUGCUGCUGCCCGCGUUGGGGCCAUCCUGGUGGUGCUCAACAACACAUACACCCCCUCGGAGUUAUACUACGCCUUGGACCAUACCGACUGUCGAUUAUUAUUCCUGACACCCCGCAUUGGUCGACAUUCGCUGGAAGAUGUUCUGGCAAAAUUGGGCCCUCAACCCAAGCGGAAAGGAUCAUCGACUGCACUGGAGGAGAUCGUCAUUCUGCGGGGAGCAUACCAGAACUUUGGAACCUACGAUGGCCUUGUUCAGCGUGGCUUGCCUCUCUCUACGAAUGCAUUGUUGGAUCGACAGGCUGAGUUGACUCCCGACGAUGUCUGCAACCUGCAGUUUACCAGCGGCUCGACGGGAAACCCCAAGGCCGCCAUGUUGACGCACCACAACCUGGUGAACAACUCACGCUUCAUCGGUGACCGUAUGAGUCUUACGUCUUUCGAUAUUCUAUGCUGCCCUCCGCCCUUGUUCCAUUGCUUUGGACUGGUGCUGGGCAUGUUGGCUGUUGUUACUCAUGGGUCGAAGAUCGUCUUCCCCGGUGAAACCUUCGAUCCCCAGGCCGUUCUCCACGCGAUCUCGGAUGAGAAGUGUACAGCUCUCCACGGCGUGCCGACCAUGUUCGAAGCGAUCCUGAGCCUCCCCAAGCCCCCGAACUUCGAUACCCGUAACCUGCGCACGGGAAUUAUCGCCGGAGCACCUGUCCCUCGUCCAUUGAUGAAGCGACUCUUUGAAGAACUUAACAUGACCCAAUACACAAGCAGCUACGGUCUUACCGAAGCAUCGCCAACAUGCUUUAACGCAGUCACCACGGACAGCAUCGAAACCCGACUCCGAACCGUUGGCAAGGUCAUGCCCCACGCGCGGGCCAAAAUCAUCGACACACAAGGCCACAUUGUUCCCGUCGGGGAGCGUGGGGAGCUCUGCAUCGCCGGCUACCAAUUGACGAAAGGAUACUGGAACAAUCCAGAAAAGACGGCCGAGACGUUCACCACCGACGAGGCGGGUACCACGUGGCUCAAGACCGGUGACGAGGCCCUAUUCGAUCCACAGGGCCGUUGCAGCAUUACCGGGCGAUUCAAAGACAUAAUCAUACGCGGUGGGGAAAACAUCUACCCGUUAGAGAUUGAAGAGCGGCUGGCCUCGCAUCCAGCCAUCGAAGUGGCCUCCGUGAUCGGCAUUCCUGACCAGAAAUACGGCGAGGUCGUUGGAGCGUUUAUCGCCGUGGCGCCGGGCCACGAGGGCUCGAGGCCGUCUGUCGAUGAAUUGCGGAAUUGGACACGCGAGACGCUGGGCCGCCAUAAGGCGCCGCAGCAUGUGUUUGUCUUCGGUGAGGAAGGCGUGGAUAAGACCGUCCCUGUUACGGGGAGCGGGAAGGUUCGGAAAGUGGAUUUGCGCAAGAUUGCUGCAAAGGUUCUUGAGCGGCGCGUCAACGCAAGUGUCGACGCAAGCUGAAAAGGCUAUAUCCGAUUGCGGCUUUUUUAGGCCCGCGCCUUUGAAUUCCCAUAUAGAAGACCUGUACAUACCUAGAUCAAUACCCUGUGCGACUGUUUAUUUGUUCGUUGGAUUUGAC